CGGAAAGCCUUCGUUUUAACCUUUCCUCAAUCUACAAACAAGGCAUCUCCUUAUCUCUCUUAUUAAGACUUCAGUUCUUUUCAAUUUCUUAACCUAUUCUCUCUCCGCAGACUUCACCCUAAAAACCCUAGCCUUCUCUUCUCUCUAUCUGGUUCUGUUGCCGGAUUUUCUUUGAGAUCUCUCCCUCAAAAUCAUGGAUGAAGAGUACGAUGUUAUAGUGUUGGGCACCGGUCUCAAGGAAUGCAUCCUCAGUGGUCUUCUCUCCGUAGACGGCCUCAAGGUUCUGCACAUGGAUAGAAAUGACUAUUAUGGAGGAGAGUCAAGUUCACUCAAUCUUAUUCAGCUGUGGAAGAGAUUUAAGGGUAAUGAUAAACCUCCAGCAAGUUUGGGCUCUAGUAGGGAUUAUAACGUGGACAUGAUCCCAAAGUUUAUGAUGGCAAAUGGUACCCUUGUACGUGUCCUCAUUCAUACAGAUGUUACUAAAUAUCUUUACUUCAAAGCUGUGGAUGGAAGCUAUGUCUUUAAUAAAGGAAAGGUUCACAAGGUGCCGGCUAAUGAUGUGGAAGCCCUCAAAUCUCCACUUAUGGGCCUAUUUGAAAAGCGUCGGGCUCGCAAAUUCUUUAUUUUUGUUCAAGAUUAUGAUGAGAAUGAUCCCAGAACACAUGAGGGGAUGGAUUUGACAAGGGUCACGACUAGAGAACUAAUUGCAAAAUAUGGUCUCGAUGACAACACUAUUGAUUUUAUUGGUCAUGCAAUAGCGCUUCAUAGAGAUGACUGCUACCUAAAUGAGCCUGCAAUUGAUACUGUGAAGAGAAUGAAGCUUUAUUCGGAGUCUAUUGCACGUUUUCAAGGAGGAUCACCAUACAUUUAUCCCUUGUAUGGGUUAGGAGAGCUGCCCCAGGCAUUUGCAAGGCUCAGUGCUGUUUAUGGUGGAACAUACAUGUUGAAUAAACCUGAGUGCAAGGUAGAGUUUGAUGAGGAAGGAAAAGCUGUUGGUGUUACAUCAGAAGGGGAAACUGCUAGGUGCAAGAAAGUUGUCUGUGAUCCUUCCUAUUUGCCCAACAAGGUGAGGAAGGUUGGAAGGGUUGCUAGAGCAAUCUGCAUUAUGAGCCACCCAAUCCCAAACACCAGUGAUUCUCACUCAGUUCAGGUUAUUUUGCCGCAAAAGCAGUUGGGUCGCAAGUCAGACAUGUAUCUUUUCUGUUGUUCUUAUUCUCACAAUGUUGCUCCCAAGGGCAAAUUCAUUGCAUUUGUAUCGACCGAGGCAGAGACUGAUCAUCCCGAGACUGAAUUAAAGCCAGGAAUUGACCUUCUGGGGCCUGUCGACGAGAUCUUCUAUGAUAUUUAUGAAAGAUUUGAACCAGUCAAUGAACCUUCUUUGGACCAAUGUUUUAUAUCAACAAGUUAUGAUGCCACAACACAUUUUGAGUCAACUGUCAUGGAUGUGCUCAACAUGUAUACCAUGAUAACUGGAAAGGUUCUGGACCUCAGUGUGGAUCUAAGUGCUGCCAGCGCUGCAGAAGAAUGAGAAGCACAUUUAGUCCAUAAACUGAUAUAUGUGCAUUGUUCCAAUUCCUUUGAAUGUUCAAUGUUUCUGGUGGGAUUUGCCCCUUGAAAGUGGGAUUGGACUUAUCCUGGUUUUCUGUUUCCUUCAUAGAUUAUACCAUAUGUAAUAAAAUGGUGUUUACGAAUUUAGCUGGAGUCUAAUAUGCCGGACCCCCCCGGCAUUCAUCCCUGGGGAAUGUCUGGAAACCCAUAAAUUUGUGUGCUUGGGUCUGUCUCUGUAGCUCAGGACCACGGAACCCUUCUAGAGGGUUUUGCCAUUCAAUUGAUAAUACCUUGUGCAGCUUCUCCGAGGGGGAACAAACUCUCCGUACAAUUUCUUUGAAAGAAGCAGAAGGUUAGAGUUGGUGCCCCUUUGAUGUUAUUGGUGGAAUGUGAAUGAGUGGCGAGGUCGGUUAAACAGAAAUAUGAAUUAGUAUGGUAUUGCAUCCCAAAACCCUUCCUAGUAUCCGAGUGAGUGGGGCAGCUUUCCACAAUACUCUUGGAAGCAAAAUCCUGAAGUGUUUUUGGAUUGUAUACAGCCUAAAGUUGAGUUAAAAAACUAGACGCUCCUUAAAAAAGAGUGUAUGACAAUGCAUUUGAAAUCUAUUUGGUUUGUAUCUUA